GUGGAGGAGGAGAAGCAGGAGGAGCACGAGGACGAGCGGGAGAAGGAGCGGGAGGAGGAACGGGAGAACGAGCAGGGGAAGCAGCGGGAGAAGGAGAAGCAGCAGGAGGGAGAGCGGGAGAAGGAGGAGGAGGAGGAGAGGGAGGAGCAGCAGGAGAACAAGCGGGAGCGGGGCUAUGGCGGGAUCUUUGUCACGUUGUUUGGCGGAGGAGCGGGAGGGGGAGGAGGAGGAGGAGGAGGAGUGGGAGGAGCGGGAGAGGGAGCGAGAGGCGUGGGAGCUGUCUCUUAUACACAUCUAGAUGAAGGGAGAUCCCCAGCCCCCGUCCACCGGCCUGAGCUAAAGCGAGAUUUCAGAUACGAGGGUUUAGGGUUCAGGGUUUAAACAGAAGGGAGAUCCCCAGCCCCCGUCCACCGGCCUGAGCUAAAGCGAGAUUUCAGAUACGAGGGUUUAGGGUUCAGGGUUUAAACAGAAGGGAGAUCCCCAGCCCCCGUCCACCGGCCUGAGCUAAASCGAGAUUUCAGAUACGAGGGUUUAGGGUUCAGGGUUUAAACAGAAGGGAGAUCCCCAGCCCCCGUCCACCGGCCUGAGCUAAASCGAGAUUUCAGAUACGAGGGUUUAGGGUUCAGGGUUUAAACAGAAGGGAGAUCCCCAGCCCCCGUCCACCGGCCUGAGCUAAAGCGAG